UAGGUCACUCCUAUCCCUUGUGCAGGUAUGUGAGUGUCUUUCCAAAUGUAUCCUCAAGACCUCCAUACCCUUUCUGUUCACACAAAAGGCCCAGAAGGGGCUGGCCUGUGGGCGGGGAGUAUGAUAAUACCCUUCAGAGGAAGUGAGCGCAGUGUAGUGGAAUGUAGCUGCCAUUAGUGGGAGUUGAACUGAGGCUGGCUAACAGCUAGCCUGCUAUGUUGAGUCUGAGCUGGAAACGCAGAGAAGAGUGAUGAAAACAUGCCUCACUUCACAGUGGUACCAGUGAAGGAUCAAGCUCAGUCCAGCUAUGACAGUUUAGAAGGGAUUAACUGGGUGGAUUACAGGGACACUGGACAGGACUAUCCUGAUCAUCAAGAUACUGUCAGCUCUGAUGGACAUGGUAAUCAUAAAGAAGACAGUCCAUUUCUCAGCAGUGCUGAAUCCGCAGGCAAGAAGAAUGACUUCUAUGACAGAAACCUGGCUUUGUUUGAGGAAGAGCUGGACAUUCGGCCAAAGGUUUCCUCCCUGCUCAGCCGCUUGGUCAGCUACACCAACAUCACCCAGGGAGCCAAGGAACAUGAGGAGGAGGAGAGCGCUCAGGCCUCACGCAGGAAGACCCCCAAGUCUCCCAACAUGGGCACUCUGAUGGGAGUCUACCUGCCGUGUCUCCAGAACAUCUUUGGUGUUAUUCUUUUCCUCCGACUGACAUGGAUUGUUGGGAUGGCUGGAAUCAUGCAGUCCCUCCUGAUUGUCCUCAUGUGCUGCUCAUGUACAAUGCUCACAGCUAUAUCAAUGAGUGCCAUUGCUACUAAUGGUGUGGUUCCAGCUGGAGGCUCAUACUUCAUGAUUUCACGCUCCCUUGGUCCAGAGUUUGGAGGAGCUGUGGGGCUGUGCUUCUACUUGGGCACCACCUUUGCCUCAGCCAUGUACAUUCUGGGGGCCAUUGAAAUCUUCUUGAAAUAUCUGGUCCCGCAGGCAGCCAUCUUUCACUCGACAGAGCCCCCUGGGAGUGACAGUGCCAUGCUAAACAAUAUGAGAGUCUAUGGUUCUAUCUGCCUAAGCCUGAUGGCUGUGGUGGUUUUUGUAGGAGUGAAAUAUGUCAACAAGCUGGCUUCUCUUUUCCUCGCCUGCGUCAUUAUCUCAAUUGUUUCCAUCUACGCUGGGGCAAUCAAAUCCAUGACUCAUCCGCCAGAAUUCCCGAUCUGCAUGCUGGGAAACAGGACUUUGGUGAGGGAUCGCUUUGAUGUGUGUUCUAAGACUGUGAUAAUGGGAAACAUCACAGUGCCUAGUCAGCUGUGGGACAGGUUCUGUGCGCCUGGGAACAUGAGCAGCGCUCAGUGUGAUGACUACUUCAUGCAGAACAAUGUGACAGAGAUACAAGGCAUCCCCGGACUGGGCAGUGGGAUUAUUAGAGAAAACAUGUGGGGCAACUACCUGCAGAAAGGGGACAUCUUAGAGAAACCAGGACUGCAGUCAGUGAGCGUCCAUGGUGGCCCAGAGAACUUUGGCAUGUAUGUGUCCGCAGACAUUGCAACAUCUUUUACACUCCUGGUGGGGAUCUUCUUCCCGUCUGCCACAGGUAUCAUGGCAGGCUCUAACAGAUCUGGUGAUCUCCGUGAUGCUCAAAAGUCCAUCCCUGUGGGAACUAUUUUAGCUAUUACUACUACUUCCCUUGUGUAUUUAAGUUCUGUGGUCCUGUUUGGCUCUUGCAUUGAAGGAGUAGUCCUUCGAGACAAGUUUGGUGAUGCCGUUAGAAAAACCUUAGUGGUGGGGACACUCUCCUGGCCGUCUCCGUGGGUUAUUGUCAUUGGCUCCUUCUUCUCUACGGUCGGGGCAGGCCUACAGUCCCUAACUGGGGCUCCUCGACUGCUACAGGCUAUUGCCAAGGACAACAUCAUUCCUUUCCUCAGGGUGUUUGGUCAUGGAAAGACUAAUGGAGAGCCAACAUGGGCACUACUACUGACUGGUCUCAUAGCUGAGCUGGGCAUCCUUAUCGCCUCGCUAGAUAUGGUGGCUCCUAUCCUUUCUAUGUUCUUCUUGAUGUGCUAUCUCUUUGUAAACUUAGCCUGUGCAGUUCAGACUCUCUUGCGUACACCCAACUGGAGGCCAAGGUUUAAAUAUUACCACUGGGCUCUGUCCUUCCUUGGCAUGAGUAUGUGUCUGGCUCUAAUGUUCAUCUCUUCCUGGUACUAUGCUAUUGUGGCCAUGGGCAUUGCUGGGAUGAUUUACAAGUACAUUGAGUACCAGGGAGCAGAGAAGGAAUGGGGAGAUGGUAUAAGAGGACUGUCCCUCAGUGCUGCACGAUAUGCCCUCUUAAGACUGGAGGUUGGGCCUCCGCACACCAAGAACUGGAGGCCUCAGCUGCUGGUGCUGCUGAAGCUGGAUGAGGAUCUCCAUGUAAAAUAUCCUCGACUGCUCACUUUUGCCUCGCAGCUAAAGGCAGGAAAGGGUCUGACCAUUGUGGGCUCUGUCAUCCAGGGCAACUUCCUGGACAGCUAUGGAGAAAUGCAGGCAGCUGAACAGGCCAUUAAGAAUAUGAUGGAGAUCGAGCGAGUUAAGGGUUUCUGCCAGGUUGUGGUGGCAUCUAAGGUGCGGGAAGGUGUUGUCCAUCUGAUCCAGUCCUGUGGCCUGGGAGGCAUGAAACACAACACUGUGGUGAUGGGCUGGCCAUAUGGUUGGAGACAGAGUGAGGACCCUCGUGCCUGGAAGACUUUUAUCAACACAGUCCGCUGCACCACAGCUGCCCACCUGGCCCUGAUGGUGCCCAAAAAUGUGUCCUUUUACCCGAGCAACCAUGAACGCUUCACAGAUGGUAACAUUGAUGUGUGGUGGAUUGUCCAUGAUGGAGGGAUGUUAAUGCUGCUUCCUUUCCUACUCAAACAGCAUAAAGUUUGGAGGAAGUGCAAGAUGCGCAUCUUUACCGUAGCCCAGAUGGACGACAACAGCAUCCAAAUGAAGAAAGAUCUGGCCACGUUCCUUUACCAACUGAGAAUAGAGGCUGAAGUGGAGGUGGUGGAAAUGCAUGACAGUGACAUCUCAGCUUACACCUAUGAGCGAACAUUAAUGAUGGAGCAGAGGUCCCAGAUGUUGAGGCAAAUGAGGCUCUCCAGUGCGGAAAGACAAAGAGAGGCCCAGCUGGUUAAGGACAGGCACUCCUUGGUGCGUAUGGGAAGUCUAUACUCAGAUGAGGAGGAGGAGGUGGUGGAGGCUCCUCCAGAGAAGGUUCAGAUGACAUGGACUAGAGAGAAGUGUGAAGCUGAGAGAAGGAACAAGAACAAUGCACCUGAGAACUUCAGAGAACUUAUGAGCCUCAAACCGGAUCAGUCCAAUGUGCGGAGAAUGCAUACGGCUGUGAAGCUGAAUGAGGUAAUAGUCAACAGGUCCCAUGACGCUCGAUUAGUGCUGCUCAACAUGCCAGGGCCACCUCGAAAUUCAGAUGGAGAUGAAAACUACAUGGAGUUUCUGGAGGUGUUGACUGAAGGCCUUGAAAGAGUGCUGCUGGUUCGAGGUGGAGGUCGGGAGGUCAUCACUAUCUACUCAUGACCGACUAUUAGCUGCAGUACAGGAGCCUCAUUCCUCAAUAGUAUACAUUUCACCUCUGGACACAAGGCAACUCCUGCUCUGCUGCCACAGUUUUGGGUAGACACAUAUUUGACGCUUUUAUGUGACAUAUGGACUUUUGAGUACAAAAGAGGUUUAUUCUAUUCUUGUAGAAUAUUGGGCACAUUGGUGUGCAUAUCCACCUGUAUGUUCAUGGCUCUGCCAUUAUUUACAAAUGAAAUUUUCUUCCCUCAGAAAUCAAAGCUGUGUCAAAUGCAAAUUUUAGAUAUGCAUUUCCUCAACUAUAAGUCACAAAUACCUCUUCAUAUGUGUUAACAAAUCUGCAUGUGACGAUUUGGCAGGCAAAACUAGUUCUGACUAAUACAUGUCCAUCCAUCCAUCCAUUACUCAUGUCUGCUUGUUCUUUUGAGGGUUGCAAGGGGCUCGAGCCAAUCCCAGGUACAUCCUGAACAGGUCUAGUACACAUUUGAACAGAUUUUUUUAUUAUCUUUUGGAGUCAAAUCUCUAUUUAUUUAUUUAUUUUUUUCAACAUUUCCCCACUGAGGUAAAUAAAAUGUUACUGUAGAUAAUGAACACAGUGCUUGACGUUGGUUCUGCUGCAUACAGUAGGUGGUAUGGAAUCCAGUUUGUAAAUGUGGAUACCAGAAGUUAUAAGGCAAGUUUUUAAAGAGUUAUAAGUUAUGUUUUUUUUUGACAGAUUUUGUGUUGAUGAUAUGAGAAAAAAAACUGUACAGGAAUGACUUUUGAACUGUUACGUUUGCAUUUUUGCAGCAGACCUGAAAACCUAUCUGCACACAACAAAGGGGACUGAGUUUGAAGUAAGAAUCCUGAUGUUGAAUCCCUAAUGUUUUCACGAAGUCCAGCCCUAUCUUUGAUUCUCUGUGGUUGGCAUUUUUUUCUGCAGUAGCCAUUUUAUGUAUUUACAUUUUGUAAAUACCUUUCUACAUCCUAGUUUUCAUUGUUAGUAGCAGAGUUCACCAUUCAUGCCAUGUGCUUAAAUGAACUACACAUACCUACAAAGUGAGCUUGUUUGGUUGUAAACACGUGCACCAGGUUUUCGUUCUGACAGAGUAGCUCAAGGAGUGCUUGUUGUAGUAUUAAACCUCACUUGCUGUUACAAUGAUAAUCUGACUGAAAUCUUGACUUUCGGACCUUAUGUCUUUUCAGGUCUUUUUCUAAGAAGCUCAGUAUAUACCUGUACUUCAGGCCAGCAUACAUUGUAAAGAAAUGCAGUUUAUUUUUAUGUAGACCAAGUGUUCUGUACAAGGCAACAGUAUUUGAUAAGGGAUAAACAAUGAGAAGUUGUACAGUUAUUAAAAACAAAUCACACAAUGUCUGGAAAGCUCCUGUUCUUCCCUUUAAUUUUGAUAAAAAUAAUCCAACCACACUUUGUUUUUAAAGCAGCACAGAUCAAGGUGGAUUAAAUAAUUUGCCAGCAAUCCAAAUAUACUUGUUUGCUUUUUACAUUUUUGGUGCAGUACAGUCUUUAAAUGAAAAAUCUGAAACUUUAUGUCAGUAUUUUAGUAAAAUAUUAUGGGAUUUAAUUUUUGAACUAUCAGAGCUAUUGGUUUUUGUGAAAAUCAAGCAUGUGAUGUAGAAGUUAAUCAAACAUCAAAAUGAGCUCACCUAGCCAAAUUCCUAUCAGCUUUGUUUGCAGUAUUAAAUCUAAAUCUUAACAAGACAGGUGACCACACUGCUGCUCUGACUAAGUUAAAAAUUUUGUUGCAGUCAUUGUCAUUUCUAUGUGCAAAUACUGAAAUGAGAAAAACAAAGGCAGUCUCCUGUUUGUCCAAAGGGCAUUUUGGCUAACAUGAAUAAUAUGCACUAUGUUUGUAAACUUUGAUAAUAUCUUACUACGCUGUAAGAAAAAAUAAAAAGAUCAUUUCUUUAUAAACUA